CAACACUGUGCAUAACCUAUAAACAGCUGUUUGUGAUAAGAACGCAUAUGUUUUAGAAAACAAAGCUGAAUUGGUCGAAAUUCGAAAAAAAUAUCAGUAGUAAAAAUAUAUUCGCAAUAAAAUAAAUUUGUAUGGGUGAUAUACAAAAACGCUCACUGAUGACUGCCAAAACAGCAUUCCUGGCGACGGCAGGCGUUGGCUUGCUAUGUAUUUUGGUUCGCCAAAGGGCUCGGAUUCUCUCCCGAAUACGCAACUUUAGAGAUCCACUGGCUAAGAAACAAGUUACGGUUAUUGAAACUCCUGAUGAAUGUCAGCGUGUAUUAGCUACAUUAAAAAGCCACUGUCACGAUUACAAAGUACUUGGUUUUGAUUGCGAGUGGGUGACUGUGGGGGGAAAACGACGCCCAGUAGCACUGUUGCAGCUAUCCUCGCAAAAAGGCCUCUGUGCGCUGUUUCGCCUAUGUAAUUUGCAACAAAUUCCCAAAGAUCUCCGUGAUCUUCUCGAGGAUGAUAAGGUGAUAAAAGUUGGUGUUGGUACUCAGGAGGACGCUCACAAAUUAGCAUAUGAUUAUGGCGUUGGUGUGGCUAGCACGUUGGACUUACGCUAUCUGGCUGCGCUGGUUAAUCAAAAACCAGAAGGUUUGGCAAAAAUGGCAAAGUCUUUGUUGGAUGUGCACCUGGAUAAACACUGGCGUCUUUCCUGUUCAGAUUGGGAGGCUAAAGUACUUAACGAAAAACAAUUGCAGUACGCAGCAAAUGAUGCGUUGGUAGCAGUGAAAAUAUUUGAAAAGCUUGCGAUGCAAUUGGAUCCAAAGCCGUUCUGGAAUCUCAACAAGAUAAACUUCUCGGAUGUUCAAGAGCGAUUACAGCCCUUUUAUGACAUUCGCUUUAAGGAAGGCCUUCUGAAUAAUUUAACACACACUGACAGGAGAAAUGUUACCAUGUCCGCUGGAAAAAAAGCUAAACAAAAACAAAUGCAAACUCGUAGUAUAAGCACACGCUCAAGAGCUUUGUACGACAAUUGCAACUUACAGGCUCCUGAUGGCGAAUUGCUCUGCACAAUAGACUCUAAAAAAGCGCAGUGGUAUGUGGAUCAGAAUUUAGGAGACCAAGUAGGGAAUAACCCAUUAACUGUUCGCUUGAAUUUCGAACCAUCUGGGCGAGCGGUGGGAGACGUAGGACGCUACUAUCAGACACCAAAAGAAAAUCGAUGCGUGGUAUGUGGCAGGAUCGAUCCAUUGUCACGAAAAAAUGUUGUACCUCGCGAAUAUAGAAAACAUUUUCCAGUGGUAAUGAAGUCCCAUACUUCCCAUGACGUGCUUCUUCUAUGCCCACAAUGUCAUCAGCUUAGUAACAUUUAUGACUUGAAAAUGCGAAUGAAGCUAGCAGAACAAUGCAAUGCGCCAUUUACAAAAGAAGAAACGGCUGUGAAAUACAUCGAGUUGCCUGAAUUGAAGCAAGUAAAGUCAGCCGCACGGGCGUUGUUGCAAAGUCAGAACGAAAUCCCUGUCGAGCGUCGUAAAAAAAUUCUCGGUAUUUUGCUGCAUCAUUACCAGAAAGAAAAGCUAACGGACGAAUUGAUCAAGGAAGCUGCGAAUAUUGAUACUACGCGGAGUAAUGAAACCUACUGCCAACACGGUGAGAAGGUAGUAUUAUUGUAUCAAACACAAUUCGGCGGUCUCUGCGAAUUGGAAAAGCUGUGGCGCCAACAUUUUCUUACCACUAUGAAACCCAAAUUUCUGCCAGAACUGUGGAAUGUUAAUCACAAUGCAAAUAGAUUAGAAAUACGCGCACAGGAAGGCCGCAUUGACAAAGAGGAUUUAAUUGUUGCUGGGCUCGACAAAAUCCUAGUUGCAGAAUCAGUAGCGAAAUCUUGAAAAGUUUAAUCCGGCUUACAAUAAAUACAAAAAAUUGUUUAAAAAUAUGUCGACUAUUUGCAACCAGUUAUUUUUACAAAACAUUUUCUGUU